CUCUCUCUCUCUCUCUCUCUCUCUCUCUCUCUCUCUCUCUCUCUCUCUCUUCUCUUCUGACAGAUAUACUAAGUAUAAGGCCAAAGAAAACAAAAAAACAAAAACUAAAAAGCCUGAUACACGAAAUGGCCCAAGGGUCCGACAACCCUGGAUAUUGUUAUGGAGGUGGGUGCAAGCUGGAGAUAUCACAGGCCAGAAAGCUGAGACGAAUCUGUGGAUUAUCGAAUGCUGAUGAUGAUGACCCCCCGGGAACAAGACGCAGCAGUCGCAGCUGUAGUGCCCAGUCUCGCAGAUGCAGAGAUAGGGUGUCCCGAUUAGGAAUGGAACUGGGGCUGGGACUAGGGUUACCCACUCUCUUGCUGCAAUUACUACUCCUCCUCUCCAUGCUAGAUCGACCUUCUUUGCUUCCUCCUCCUCCUCCUCCUCCUCCUCCUCCUCCGCAUCAGCAGCAGCCAUCACGAAGCGCUUGGUGGUAUAUAUGGUACCAAUGGAGACAUGGAUGGAGUUGGGCAGAAGGAAGGGGAGGAGGAGGAGAAGGAAGAUGGAGGGAAGAAUCACAGCCACAGGAGUUACAUCGUCGUGAAUCUACCCAUCGAAUCUAUGGAGGUCUGGCAUCAGCUGCUGUACUGGUCCAACCAGAGCAGCAAUUUAACAACACCAUCAUCUCCAUCCCUCCAGGGGAGUGCUUGUUCUUCCCCGUGACAAUUCCCGCCAAUACCAGUGUUGUGGUAAUCAUCAGACCAAGACAAUACCCAGGAACAUUCGCAUUAAGGAUCUUCUUGAUGGACGUCGUAAAGCCAUCGAAGGACCGCAUCAGCUGUCUGCCGGAAGAGAUCCCGGACCGUGCAAGGCGAAACACGACGGUAGCCGACUUUUGCUGCGCGAUUAAUGAGCCAGGACUGGAGGGGGAUUUAGGAUUGGAGGCGGGGAGUAGUGUGGAAUACGUGAUCAGUUCCAAGAUCCCGUGCAUGAAGGUGAACAUGACAUUGCUUUUGCAAUUUGCGACAGAGUGGAGGGACAAGAGUGGAAUUGUGCAUGGAAGGACAGCGGAGGACGUCGGACAAGUAGGAGAAGGAGAAGGAGAAGCAGGAGGAGAAACAGGAGGAGGAGGAGGAGGAGGAGGAGCAGGAGGAGGAGGAGGAGGAGAGGGAGGUGGUAAUGGUGAAAAUGGGACCGGGGAAUCUGUUCGUACGGCGCCCAAAUUCCUAAUUACGAUUUCACAGACUCCAUCCAAUGACUCAGACAAAUGCUUGAUGGUAUCAUCGGCAGAAUCCCGGUUUCGUCAUCAUCGGCGGCGAGCCAUCGGCCGGCUCUCGCAAGCUCCUCCUGUAUAUAGCGAUGAUACUCGACCUUGGAGAUGGUGGUCUUUUUUCAGCGACGUCAUCGCGAAUUGGUGGUGGCCGUUGUGCACGAUCGCAUGGAUCUUACUCGUGACGUCAUCGUCUCCAUGAUUGGUAGCUAUCGUGUUAGCCAAUGAAGAGAACGUACGGUAGUUAUAAGUAACUGUAUUCGGCGGCACUUGCGGUCUAGGUACGGCGAGGCCGAAUAGAACGUACGGUCGUUAUAAGUAAACUGUAUUCGGCGCCACUUGCGGUCUAGGUACGGCGAUAAUGACCGUCCAUACGUUCUAUUCGGGCGAAGACGGUAGCUAUGACGACGACGAGGUUACGUGGAGGAAGAUCCACCAUGGCUAUGGCGGAUGAGAGGGUAACAGCGGGAACAGAGUAGGUAAUGGAUACGGCGAGGGGAGGUUGACGAUGGGGGGAAUACAUGGAUAUGGUCACGACGGUGGUCUAGGUGCACAGCGAUAAUGACCGUCCAUACGUUCUAUUUGGGGGAAUAGAGUUGUACGUGUCGACCGACGUUUGACGAGGUUACACGAGGAAGAUCCACCACGGCUAUGGCGGAUGAGAGAGGUUAACGAUGGAGGAACCGAAGGCUAUGGUGGUUAUGGCAAGGAGGUUAACGGAGGGAAUCGAUGGCGGAUGAAAGGGUAACGAUGGAGGAACCGAAGGCUAUGGUGGUUAUGGCAAGGACGUUAACGAUGAGGGAAUCGAUGGCUGUGGUCAUGGGAUUGACGAUGGGGGAAUCAACGGUUAUGGUUAUG